AUGGUACUGACUGGCCAUACAGGGAACCGUCCUCCGUGGACAAACGAGAUCAAGGCCAAAUAUCUGAAAUAUGACUCUCGUCGUGCCGCCGAGCGCGUCGGCCUAUUCGGUAUCCAGGGCCCCCCAGACCUCAUGGCCGUCUCCCACACCAUCUCGCCACUGCGUGCACUUCACUACAUCAAGGCCAACUACCCAGAAGCCACAUUCCUCGCCGCCUUUGAGUCCUGUUUAAUGGCCUUUUGGAGGCCUCCCCACGUCAAUCUCAUCCCGGAGGAGAACCUGCGCGCCGUGCUGCAGGGGGCGACGGAGAAGCCCGGCAAAAGCGGCAGCAGGAAGCUUUUCACCGAGGAGGAGGUGGAAACGAUCAUGAAGGCCCGUGGCGGGAUGAAGGAGGUUCUCAUGGCCACUACCCAGAGGGCGGCUGAUCAGGGGGCCUUUGGCACGCCUUGGAUGUGGGUGACGAAUGCAAAGGGCGAGCAGGAGCCGUUUUUUGGUAGCGACCGGUGA